UCACUUCAAGACUUUUGGAUUUUUGUCAGUUUAUCUGAUCUCUCAUUUUCCCAGUGUCCUUGUUGGAAAUAUUUCUUCUCUGAGGAAUUUUUCCGGAUUAUUUGAUCGACUGUGAAGAUGCCACGACACAAGGGUUACAAACGCUCUUUGGCUGCCCAGCAGCGACGAGCAGAGCAGCUUGCCCGUGAACGCCAGCCUCGGGGAGUGGAAGAAGCAACGGCUGGGGAGGUGAAACCCCAUUACUCAUCUACCAGUUCAACAUCCAGGCAGGAGGAGCAUAAGCCUGCUGUGGAGGUGAGACACCGCCACUCAUGUUCACGCUCCUCUCCUGGCCCGGAGAUAAGACCCCGCUCACCUGCCAGCUUUCAUCCAGCAUUGGAGGAGGACCAGGCUGUUGUGGUCGUAGGAAGCUGCUCCCCUCCUAGACCGUCCUAUGCGGACAUGGUGAAAAGCCUUCCACCUGUCAGCUCCACAUUUGGAACAGAGGAGAAUGUCUCACGAGAAAGCAUAAAACCAGCUGCUUCAAAGCGACGCCGCUCCCAACAGCAGAUUGAGGAAGUGCCUGGUCUGAAGAAGAGGCACAUCUUACCAGGCAGCUCCUCAUCUGAGAUGGAUAUAGAUGAGGUUCCUGAAACAUCGCAUCGUGGCAUCCCAAUAGCUGAUUCCAUUGCUUCUGAUGAAGAAGGAGAUGUCGUUGGCAGCCCUGCUGUUGCUGGCACCAGUCAGUCCAUUUUGAUUCCAGACAACUUGGAUUACCCACAUGGUUCUGCUCUUUCAGUUCAGCUGAUCUUAGAUGGGGGGAGUUACUAG